CUUUUCGACUUUGUUUUUGGGUUGAUUGUCACAUAAUUCGAAGACUCCCCUCAUACCCUCCUACCUCAUACCUCUUACCCUGCAUCUUGCACCGCUACGCCCGCUAUAUCCUCUUAACCCUUAUCACCCCACUCACCCUUUUACCGAAUCAUCUAGUCGUCCUCCACUAUCGCAGUGAAGGGUUCAUAUCAAGCAAACAGCACCAGGCCACGGGUAACGUUGAGCCCGACCCAAGCCUUACGGUAGCUACAAGGAGUGCUGCGGAGACCUUCGGGAAAACGCACCUCGGGAUCAUCGGGCACGUGAAGAGCUAGGCCCGGGAUCUUUUUGCUAGCAAAAGAACCCUCCCUCGAGUGCUUGUACAGCACACGAUUCCACCAUUUUGUACCGAUUCCCAUCGUCGUCUGGGAGUCCGUCCCCUCCCCCCAUCGUACCAUCGUCGCCCGAUCUGGCGCAUCAAAACCAACCCGGGCCCUCCAACCCCUACCUCGCCCUCCCACCGCCUGAAGACGAGAUCCCCGACCUCGACGAACUGCCCUCCGAACAACCACCCUCGCCUCCACCUCACACGCCUGCCCCUACCAUGUCAGGGCAUCACCGCAUCACCCUCGCCGCCAACCCCCCCUACUUCGAUGGCGACAAGUCCAAAUACCUGGGCUUUGUGGACGCGUGCACCACUUACAUCGGUGCCUAUCG